AGAAAGAAACAGGGGAGGGAUAGGAAAAACAGAAAAAAGGCAAGUUGAAUUGAUUUUGAAAAGAAGGGAAAAUAGAAGGGGGGAGAAAAAAAAAAGAAAGAAAAUUGGAAGAGUAUAGAGGAUGUUGGCGGGCUUUUCUACAUUGCUGUCGCCAAGGCAUAGAUUAAGGAGUGAAGCAUCUACGCAGUUUCAAGCUUGCCAUUUUCAGUAUCCUUCAAUGAGUACACACAGAUUGGAUUUGCCAUGUAGUUUCCCCAGGAAGGAUGCCCAACGGUCCCAACCCAUUCGACCUGUUGGUCUCUCGGUGGAGAAGCCGGUCGAAGCUAAAGGGAGUUGUUCUCUUAAGCAGAAAAUCCGGCUCCCGCCAUCCAUCACCACCGCUCAGACGGCAUUGUGGGAAGAAAGGAGAGAGGUUGAAGAAGGGUUUUGGACGAAAGGGAGGAGCUUGAAAAGGUUUGCCGAACAGACUUCAUCUGAUGAAUCGUGCGCAAACAGAGCCAAGAGGAAGAGAAGUAGCAGUACCACAACGCCUGAUGCUUCUUCAGAAGGGGAGGGAAUAACUCUAAGCCAAUUGGGUAAGGGCAAUCUAUGGUUUCAGCAGACUGUUGAGAUGCCACAGUCGGUGCUUGGAAUCACAGGCCUAGACCCUCCACCAGUUUCUUUUCCCGGGUCUUAUUCGGGAGAGGAAGAGAGGAUCUAUUUUGUUCCUGGUGAUGUGGUCAUACCACCUCUGGCAUUGCCCAACAAUCCUUUGAUGGAGUCUGUAGUCACUGAGAUUACAGAUAAAGGUGAGAACGAUGUUGAUACCACCAGCCAAGAGCCUAGAAGGGCAAGUUCAGGAUCCACCUCGUCCGAAGGCGAUAGUUUGACUCCAAGGCGAAAUGAGAAUUCCUCAGGGAAUGGAACGGGUAAUGGGUCUCAGCGCCCUCACCCAUCUGAGGGACCCAGAGUAACGGCUGGCAGUGAGGAUGUUCAGACAGAGCAUCAGGGAUUUGAGCUUGUGAGAUUACUGGUUGGUUGUGUGGAAUCAAUUAGCUCGAAGAACAUCCCAGCUAUCAGCCAUUAUAUAGCUAAACUCGGAGAGCUUGCUUCACCAGAAGGAACUGCCAUUAGCCGUGUCACUGCUUACUUUACAGAAGCUUUGGCAGUAAGAGUUGCAAGGCUUUGGCCUCACAUUCUUCAUAUUGCCACCCCUCGGGAUCUUGAUCGGAUUGAUGAUGACAUGGGAGCUGCACUUCGGCUUCUAAACCAUGUCAGCCCAAUUCCAAAGUUCCUUCAUUUCACAUCUAAUGAGAUUCUGAUUAGAGCAUUUGAAGGAAAAGAUAGGGUACAUAUCAUAGAUUUUGACAUCAAACAAGGGCUUCAAUGGCCUGGUUUAUUUCAGAGUCUAGCCACUAGGCCCAAUCCCCCAAGCCAUGUAAGAAUCACAGGUAUAGGAGAGUCCAAACAGGAACUCCAAGAAACAGGCGAUAGAUUGGCGAGAUUUGCAGAAACCCUGAAUCUGCCGUUUGAAUUCCAUGCAGUUGUGGACAGGUUGGAGGACGUGAGACUGUGGAUGCUUCAUGUGAAGGAAAAGGAAAGUGUGGCUGUGAAUUGUGUUCUUCAACUACACAAAAUGCUUUAUGAUGAGACCGGUGCGGCACUAAGGAAUCUAUUGGGUUUGAUAAGUAGUACUAAUCCCAUAGUGGUUCUCAUGGCAGAACAAGAAGCCGUGCACAAUGAUUCCAAUUUGGAGACGAGGGUUUCUAAUUCACUCAAAUACUACUCUGCCAUAUUUGACUCUAUUGAUUCUUCCCUGCCAUUAGAUAGUGUGGUUAGAAUCAAAAUAGAGGAGAUGUUUGCUCGGGAGAUCAGAAAUAUAAUUGCCUGUGAAGGCAGUGACCGGUUGGAAAGGCAUGAGAAUUUUGCAAAGUGGAGGAAGAAUAUGGAGCAUGGAGGAUUUAGAUGCAUUGGAAUCAGAGAGAAGGAGAUUCUUCAGAACAGAAUGCUGUUGAAGAUGUACUCUUGUGAGAACUACAGUAUCGAGAAGCAAGGCGAAGAAGGAGCAGGGCUUACUCUUAGUUGGCUAGAGCAGCCUUUGUACACAGUUUCGGCGUGGGCACCUGUUGAUGUUGCUGGCAGUUCCUCCUCUUUAUCUCAUCCAAGUUGAUUGUGAUGGUUUUCUUCUUCUUCCGAUGUCUUAAAAUUUCGAUCCCUACCGUACAGUACAGAAAGGGUAACAAAAAUUCUUUGUAGGUAGAGAAUUCUUUCAUUCUUUGGUUUGCAUGAAGCCUCAUUAGCAGGAGCUAGUAAUUCAUUUGAGUUCUUUCAAGAUCCGAUUUUCUAGAGUUUCAUUUAGUAUGUGAAGUCCAUUUUUAUGUUA